AUGAAGAGAUUUUUAACUCAUUUUUCCAAACAUAAGGCCGAAAAAACAAUUGAAGGAGACACACCAAAAUCUCCAUCAGUACAUACAAAUGACUCUAUAGCUAGUGAAAACACCAGUGUAAAUAGUAGUAUUGUUUUUAACCCAGAACCGACCAGACAAUUGGUAAAAUCUUCAAAAAUAUUAGACUUAAGUUUAAACUAUGAUCUACCUCUUGUACAACCAAAUAUUAUUUAUCCUUACAAAUCCAUGGUUAAAAGUAAACGGUCAUUUAAUAGUACUUGGUAUAAACAGUAUCCAUGAAUUGAGUACUCAAUACAAUUUGAUCAAAUUUUUUGUUAUUAUUGUNGGAAACAUAUAGGCAGUAUGGCUAAAGUACAUGAUAAAUGUGACACACACAAAUUAGCAUUGGCUAAAUAUUGCGAAUAUUGAACCUAACGAUACACUACGUCCAAAAAGAGAACAGAGAAUUUCAUCAACACUGGAUAACUAUUUAACUUAUUCAACACUUGGUGCUAGUACUAGUAGAAAAGAAAAACAAAACAUGUCCUCUAAAGAUAUAGAAAAUGAAUUAAAAAGAGUCUUUUUCCAGAUUUUAGAUAACAUGAAUAAUGAAAUGAUUUAUAAAUUUACCCAAAACAAUGAAAUAUUGAAUUAUAUCCAUGCAAGUGACCCCAAAUCAAAUGAAUUUCUAAAUUCAGAUUUGUUAGUUAAAUUAGGUAAUAUGUAUCAACCAUAUACAACUAAUGACUUUAUAGAAGUAUUGAAGAACCAGUGUCUGGUCAUGGUCAUUCCUGUGUCUUCAGCUAGUGCAGAACGCAGUUUUUCCACCAUGCGCCGUGUUAAGACAUAUUUAUGA